UUUACUGACGUGUUUCCUCCGCCUCCGCCUCCGCCUCUGCCUCUGCCUCCUCAUGAGCAAUUUCGGCGUGAGAGGGCCUCGCACAUCUUCGUUGGGGAAUACAGGGACCGCGAAGAAAACGCAGAGGUCCACGUGACGGUGAAGAACGUCUUGCUGUACAACCGCUGCUUCAACGCCAGUGAGGUUGCCGCUCUGCAGGAGAAGGAAAAGGAGGAGGCCAGCGUGACUGCGCCGGAGGAGGUGCCGCUUCGCACCGCCGCAUCCGCCGCCAGUGACCCGACGAGCUCUGCGCACGGCGGGGCUGCGCCAGCUGGCGGCGUGACGGAGGGGCCGUCAGUGGCGGCCGGCACUGGCCCCGCGACGACCGACGCGGCUGGGAGUUCUGCGGGGGAUGCCUCGGUGCCGCGCGGUGCACCGGCGCCGGGCCUAAAUAACGCCUCCGCCGCACUUGCGAAGGAGGCUGCGGACACAGUGCAGAGGGAGGCUGGGGGCGGCGACGGCACUGCGCGUGGGCGUGUGCCUGUGGUGCUCUCGCUUCUUCUGCUUGCGCUGUGGGGCCUCUCCGCGCUGUGCUGA